AACAACAGUUCACUGUUUAUUCGGAAGCUCAAUCUUAAAUCGAAUCGAAUAACCAAUAUCAAUAUGAAGUACACAAUUACCAUCGUUUUCGCUGCCGUCCUUUCUGUGAUCCUAGCUGCUCCAUUGGACAACAGUCAGACAGCGCAUAUCCUUCAUCAGUCUGCCGAUGUCCAGCCCGAUGGCUAUAAUUUCGAUUGGGAGACAUCUGAUGGCCAGAAGCACGAAGAGGAGGGCACCCUGACCAAUCCCGGUGCUGAGAAUGAAGCAAUCGCUGUACAUGGCUCCUUCUCCUUCACGGCUGACGAUGGCCUAGUUUACACGGUGAACUAUGUAGCUGACGAGAAUGGAUUCCAGCCACAGGGUGCUCAUUUGCCCACUCCAAACAACUAAUUAAUUCCCUGUCUACAUACAGAACCAAACCAAGAGCUGUUCUUCAAAUAAAUAGAUGUUGAUUAGUAAAUAAACGGCAAGCAUGCAUAAUUUAAA